AUGAGAUUCAUACACGUUCCACGUAUCAUCUUUCUUGUCUCACCGGUACCCGUGGUUCUGGCUACGUAUAAAUGGUCUGACUGCCAGCAAAAGGUGUUGCAAAUCCAAGCCGGGGAGCUUACCCUGGGCUCUAUCAAUAACGAAACUCUCAACGAGUUUCUUUACCAUGGUCCAGUAACUGGGCUUGAUCGGAACUUCCCCAGAGACAAGUAUCUCGCAGUCACAUACGAUGGCUGCGAAGCAAUCUGCGGCAAUCCAGUCGCCACCUACGACGCACCCGAAGCACUAAGCCUUGCGGCUAACUGGAUAUUCCCGUUAGCUAUUCUGCUUAACCUCCCGUAUGAGUCCCUUCAUGAAAGGAAGAUAUCCAAGACGCUGGUAGCAGUUCUCAACUGGCUGGGCUCUCCUCAAACAGCCCUAACAGCAACUAUCUUCAACUUCCGCCAAUUACGCGAGUCCCAUCGGCGGGUCCAAAGGCGGGUCAAUGCCGCCCAGACACACCUAUACAGCGCGGCCUACUUUGUGAUGUGCUGUAUGAAUCAGUACGACGGGUUGGUUCUUGUAGAUAAUAACGGUAACCCAGCACGCAUGCUAAAAAUCCUAGUAUAUGGCCUGUUUCGGCCGUUGUCUGAUGAUCAAAGUCCCGAUGUUGACCUCACUCGUCAGCUCUUGGUUACACUCGCAUUUCAGCUGCGUAUGUUACGUCGACGCGGAGUUAUUCCUAUGCUCGCUAAUUUAGGCACAUUUCUCGUCGCGUUUAUCUUCUCUGUCGUUCUGGCCUUCGCAGAGCUUGGGGAUAACAAUACUCCGUUCUCAUUGGCUUUCGGGCUUUUGAUGACCUGGCUUCCGCUCUUGGUGGUUUUUACGAUCAUCGACCGGAAUCCUGUCUCCUCGGAGCGUGUUAGUGAACUGAUCUCCCGCUGGCUCUACAAUGUCGAGGCCGUUAAGACCUGGACAUCUGAGCCUGGAAACGAUCCUAACAGCAUUGGGUGGUGGCAAGAUAACACUAAAAUUCCUCAAGCUCUGAAAAUCGACGUCUUCAUUGGACAGGGCAGAAAAAUUCAGUUUUGCGGACUACCUCAUGCAUUACUCGAGGCCUCCACGACUGUUGACUUCCACACCGAAACAAAUCUUUCGCGAUGUGCAAAAAAAGCGGCCAAUAGGCUAAAGGGAUGGAAGCCUAAAGCAUGGUAUGUUGUGGCGGUGCUCUCUUUCCUCUUGGUAUGGUGCGCGAUUAUGAGCGCCUUUGUCGUAUCUUUCACAGCCCCGACCAUAGGCCUGGGUUGCCGAUCACUCACGUAUCUCCUCUUCGGCGCCUUCAGCUCUGUGUCUUGGGUGAUCCAGUUUUCCAAGCGUCCGCCGCAGUGGGCACUUUGGGUGUCAUACAUCUCCAACACUCUAGCCAUUCUGACCCUACUUGUUGUGAUCGUAUUCCAGGUGACUGGCGUGGCUAGUAAUUGCUACUGCAAGUCAAGCGCUCUAAACGCGCCUUUGCUUGGGGGUUACCUCGAUUUCGAGGGCCCUGCGUUUUAUCGGGAUCACUUCAAUGUCCUUCAAUACUGGGCCGCUGCGGCUGUUAUUGGGGGAUCGGUUCCAACAAUUCCAUUUAUUGUCGCCUUAUUCUGGUGGCUUAAGUGCAGGCAUCUUUGGCAGGCGAAUGAGGGUUGGCAACCGCAAGGGCCUCGCGAUAUCCCAGCUGACACGAGGUGGCUGCUGUAG